GAAGCGGCGGAGAGCGAUGUGGGGAGAUCUUUUUUCUUUUUCUUUCUCUUUCUCGAACCUCUCAUUCUCUCUUUCAUCUUACGUAACCCUAGCGAACUCGGAGAAUCUCUGCUAGAUCUAUCCCGAUUCCAAUUUUCAAAUCGCCCUUGAAAUCGAACCGAUUCCUAUUCUUACUAGAAAGGUAGAGAGUAAUGGAUUUGGAUCAAUGGAUUUCGAAGGUUAAAGACGGUCAGCAUCUCUCCGAGGACGAGCUCCAGCUUCUCUGCGAAUACGUGAAAGAAAUUCUGAUUGAGGAGUCGAACGUUCAGCCUGUCAACAGUCCAGUCACCGUCUGUGGUGACAUCCAUGGCCAGUUUCAUGAUCUCAUGAAGCUUUUCCAGACUGGAGGUCAUGUUCCCGACACAAAUUACAUAUUUAUGGGGGACUUUGUGGAUAGAGGUUACAACAGCCUUGAAGUCUUCACUAUUCUUUUGCUUCUUAAAGCUAGACAUCCAGCCCAUAUUACACUUCUGCGUGGAAAUCAUGAAAGUAGGCAGCUAACGCAGGUAUAUGGUUUCUAUGACGAAUGCCAAAGGAAGUAUGGUAACGCCAAUGCGUGGCGCUAUUGCACAGAUGUUUUUGACUAUCUUACCUUAUCAGCUAUUAUAGAUGGCACGGUUCUGUGUGUACAUGGCGGCCUUUCCCCGGAUGUCCGGACAAUUGAUCAGAUAAGACUGGUAGAUCGAAACUGUGAAAUUCCCCAUGAAGGGCCCUUUUGCGAUCUUAUGUGGAGCGAUCCUGAAGACAUUGAAACAUGGGCUGUUAGUCCACGUGGAGCUGGUUGGCUUUUCGGAUCGAGGGUUACCACUGAGUUUAACCACAUCAACAAGCUUGAUCUAGUAUGCCGUGCACACCAGCUGGUACAAGAAGGUCUUAAGUACAUGUUCCAAGAUAAAGGCCUUGUAACGGUAUGGUCUGCGCCUAAUUACUGCUAUCGCUGUGGGAAUGUAGCUUCUAUAUUGAGUUUCGAUGACAACAUGGAAAAAUCAGUGAAGUACUUCACAGAGACAGAAGAGAACAAUCAAAUGAGAGGGCCAAGGACUGGAGUUCCAUAUUUCCUAUGAUGAUUACGCUUAUCAUAUUUGUACCCCCCUUGCAUUGCUGUGAUGAUGAUGAUGAAGCCAUUGCUACCAUAGGCAAUAUGUUCAGUCUCAGAAGGUGUUAUUAUGUAGAUAUAUAAUAUUAUCUACUAAUGGGUUUCAUUUACUUCCAUUAUUUAUGUCCCACAUUUUUUCCUUGUGAAAUUCAAAAAGGUGAACACUUUGGUAAUAGUUUGUAGUUGUUUGGAGUCUACUCAGUGAUUCUCUCUACUUCUUUGUCUUUGUUUUCCCACAAUCUUUUCUUCUGUAUUGUUCGCUUACACUGUCUCUACCCUUUUGUUGUUGUUUGUGGAGAUGACAUUAGUUCUAAAAUAAUUCCUAUUUGAAUUCA